AUGACAAUAACUGAAGUAAGGAACAGAACUACAGUUACCAAGUUCAUCCUCUUGGGAUUCUCUGACUUGCCAAAGCUCAGAGUCAUCCUCUUUUCAACAUUCCUAGGGAUCUACCUCAUGACAGUAUUCUGGAACCUGGGUCUGAUCACUCUGAUCAAGAUGGAUGCCCAUCUGCACACACCCAUGUACUACUUCCUCAAUAAACUUGCCUUCUUAGACAUAUGCUAUGUAUCCUCCACAAUCCCCAAGAUGCUCUCAGACUUCUUCCAGGAGCAGAAAGUCAUCUCCUUUGUGGGGUGUGCUGUGCAGUACUUCUUCUUCUCUAGCUUUGGUCUGACUGAGAGCUGUCUUCUAGUGUCCAUGGCUUAUGGUCGAUACGCUGCCAUUUGUAGUCCUCUUCUUUACACAGCCAUCAUGUCCCCGACUCUCUGUCUACAGCUCUUCAUAGGCUCUUGCAUAACUGGAUCCUUUGGCUCAUUUAUCCAACUGUGUGGCUUACUUCAGCUUCAAUUCUGUGGGCCCAAUGUCAUUAACCAUUUCUUCUGUGACCUGCCCCAACUACUGAACUUAUCUUGUUCUGACACAUUUUUCUUACAAGUUAUAACUUCUGUGAUGACAGUGAUCUAUGCACUGACCUCUGUCUUAGUUAUCAUGGUAUCCUAUGGUUAUAUCGUUGCCACCAUUCUGAAGAUGAGCUCAGCAGAAGGCAGGUCCAAGGCUUUCAACACCUGUGCUUCUCACCUGACAUCAGUGACUUUUUUCUAUGGCUCAAGCUCUUUUGUGUAUUUAUGCCCCAGUUCUGAUGAUUCUCUUAGCGAAAGCAAGCUAGCUUCGGUUAUAUACACUUUGGUGAUUCCCCUGCUAAACCCAUUGAUCUAUAGCCUGAGAAAUAAGGAAAUCAAAGAUGCCCUAAUCAGAUCUAAGAAGAGAAUUUUCUCCUGA